GUUUCUCUGAUCUCUCGUAGAAAAAUGCUAACAAAUGAAACACAAUGCCUUAAUAAAAAUGAAACGCUCUUAAGGUUAACUGCAAAAACUUGUUUUAAAACCGUUAAGGACACCUGUUUUGAGGGAUUCGUUUAGAAAUACUGUAGUGUAGAUACUCAGUCGCCAAGCUAGAUGGCGAUGUCCCCCUACAGAGCACCAACGCCUCUUUCCUGUGAUUUUAAACGCUCUCUUUGACUGAUACUAAGGGACCGCGGUAACCUCUAUGACCACCUGGGAAAUUUUUGUAUGGCGUAAACAUUUACUUGGCCCACUGCAGUCAUACUGCAGAUAAAAAAGGCUGAAGAUUCCGGGUACAUACGCUGAACCCAAUAACGAAGUCAGCCAAAGUGAAAUACGGUAAAUAUUCCUAACCAGCGAGGUGUCUGGUCGUUGAAUCCUCGUGAAAAUCUUUGAAAUUUAACUUCACGACAGAAGCUUGCGAUCUGUCUCAUGAGCCGAAUGAAAAAAAGUGAUAUUUUAAGUAAACUUUGCAUUGUUUUGCCUCUUUUUCUGAGGAAACUCUUGAACUUUGUCACGAUGCGACGACUUUUGACACGAUUCAUAAACCGGGUUUUGCUGACUGAGCCGUUCACAGCCGCUAUGGGCAUUGAAGCAGAAAUACACACACAAGGCCGACGGAGAAUGGUAAGAAUUUCAACUCAUUUAUAAGAUGUCUAAUACAGUGUGGAUCCACGGUAGUUGAUUAGCUACAGUGAGGCUUUUUAUGAGAGCAGACGCACCAAAUCCCACUCGAAGACCUUACGAUACAGAUUUGUUUUGAUAAGUCAAAAAAGGUUAACAUGUCUCUAUUGAGUUAACUAUUUUUUAUUGCUCAGGUAUGACCAGUUCAAUUCGGUGUGUAUUAAAUUAAAAUAAUUUGUGCAUUGUGUGAAAGAUUUGAAGUUUUAAAUAAUCUGCGCUGCUUCAACCACACAAUUGUUACUCAGCCAGGCAAAGUCCAUUCAAAAAUCUAUCGUAAAUGUAUAGAUUUUUGAAUGGAGUUUGGUUUGCUCUCUCUGAAAACUCAAAAAACUCUUACUUAAAACUACUUACUGUAAAUGACAUUCAGUGGAGUCAGAGAGACACAAAACAGUGGCUGUGAAAUGACUGAAAAUCUUUUCCUUGUACUGUAUGUGGCAUUAUGAGGACAGUGUAGAUAAGAGUUGUAUCAGAAAUGUCACACAGUGAACACACUGUUCUUUUGCAGUUAAUCAGUGCUGCCUUUGCUUUUGUGUAAAAUACAUAAACUCAGUAUGCAGUGGACACGCACAUGCUCAAUGUAUGUAUGUGUUUGCAGUCAUAAAGCCCCAGUCUAAUACAAUAAAGUCAACAGUUAUCCAGUUAUGAUAGAGCUUAUGCCAGUGGAUAUGCUAGUACCAUCGGUAUGAGGCAGCAGCAGUGUACUGAAUGUACUCUGUGCAUUUAUGUUCUCAGCUCACAUUAAAUUUUCUUCUCUUUCAGCUCAUGAAGACACUGUAUAGUAGAAGCUUUGUCCACUUACCAACUUAAGGAGGGUAUUUGGGAAAAUAUUGGAUAUGGCACAGUCAUUUUUUUCACUGAAUUUAACAAAGCUACUUUAUGUCGCCAACAAUAAUGUUUUGACAUUUGAAUACACACACCCUUCUAGAAGAGUUUUGCAAAUUAUCAAGAAUGACUUUUUUAAAUGGAAAAGUCACCUAAUGAAGGCCCUUUUUGAAAUGCUUUGUUGAUGAAUUAUCCGGGUUUUUUUUGCACUUUUGAAUGAAAUCACGAGCUAUUUGAUUUGUCAUGUAUGGAAGAAGAUUAUAGAGCCACUGAAACAAACAAAAAGAUAAUAAUUGGCUUUUCUUAGGAAAAAGUAAAAAUUCAAACUUUUUUCAAAGGAUUCUAAAUUUAAAGUAAAAAUUCUGGGAUUAAAGCCAACAGAUCAAAGAAAUCUGACUUUUAGUUCAGAAUUCAUAGAUUUAAGUCAGAAUUCAGUCUAUGAUCUUAAAAUUUUGAGGACAAAGUAAGAAUUAUGGCUUUUUUAUUUUACAGAAUUCUGAGAUGAAAGUCAGGAUUCAGACUUUUUUUACAGAAUUAUGAGGAAAAGUCUGAAUUCUGAUUUCAAAUUCAGAAUUUUUAAGGAAAAAAAGUUUUAAAAAAUCUGAUUUUAGAUUUUUGUUUUUUUAGGGGUCCAUAUUCUUUUCCAGAUUUAUGCACAGAGCUGCAAGGCAACACAUUGCUAUCUCUAGUGCACAAAAUAUAGUUUGUUUAGCCAAAGUUGCUAACCCAGUGUCUCAGGAGCUUUAGUAAGGUAAAAUGAUAGACAGUAUCAAGAGCAGCUACUGUAGAUGAUGAAAUCCACUCACUCUGUCACAUUUGACACUGAUAGACAUAUGAGCUCAAACAGUCUCUCAGAGUGGUGAACCUCUUCCCAUCUUUCCCUCUGAGAGACUCAACCUCUUUAAAUGUCCUUUUUAGACCCAGUCAUGUUACUAACCUGUUGGAAAUUCAUCUCAUCAGUCUGCAGCAUUAUAUAACAAUGCGUGUGUGUUUGUGCGUCCAGGUGGUAGGGCUGGGGAACCCAGGGAUGGAGGGUACCAGACACAGUGUGGGCAUGGCGGUGCUCGGUGCCCUCGCUGCCCGGCUUGGCGUUGCUGACUGUUGGCGUGGUGACAAGCACGUGUCCGGUGAGGUCAUAAUGUGGGAGGUGCAGCAGACACAUGUGGUGCUGCUCCGUCCCAGGCUACUCAUGAACAUCAACGGGUUGUCAGUCGCUAAGGCAGGUGAGGUCACCAUUUGUGUGUGUGUGUGUGUGUGUGUGUCUGUCUGUCUGUCUGUCUGUCUGUCUGUGUGAACAAGCUCAUUUUACUCCUUUUACUUGACAUGUAAGAGCUUCUGUUCUAUAUGUAUUUUCAGCUCUUAUUUUCGUCAUCUGUUUUUUCUUCCCAGCUGCUCUCUGUUAAUAAUAUUAUUAAUCUAGAAACACAGUUGUUAAGCAGCUUUUUAUUUUAAUCAAAUACCUCUGUGAAAGAAAAAAAAACAGUUAUUUAGCAGAAAGUCAAUCAAGCAGCAGAGUCAAAAUAAAGUAUGAGUGUGUAUGUAAGUCUGUGUAUAAGAAGUGGGCAGGUGAAGGCAAGUGUGUAUCUGUGUGUCUGAAAAGCAGCUCAGUUUUUUAAAUCUGUGUGUGAUGCAGACGUCAAAUCCUGAAUAACUGUUUUAAAUAAUUGUGAUAUCAACAUGAACCAAGUUAUCAUGAUUAUAAUAAACAGUCUGUUUUUUUAGUCCACAGAGAGGAUGGGAAAGAGAGCAAGUGAUGCUAACAAAAUUAAAGAAGUGAAACAAGUAUAAAGAUAAGAUUUAGAAAACUGUUUUUAUUUUAGGAAUUUUAGAGACUAUAAACUAUUAUUGUUACCACUUUGUGUGUUUCCCUUUUCAGCUAGUAAAUAUGGAGUCAGGCCUGAGGACAUCCUGCUGGUCCAUGAUGAACUUGACAAACCUUUGGGAAAAAUAGCCCUGAAACAUGGAGGAAGUGCCAGGUCAGUUUCAUUCAUUAAGUUCUGUUUUUAUCACUCAUUCAUUCUGCAGAUUUGUCAUUCUUAUUCAGUUUAAUUUCAUUUUGCAAUAAGCCUGUAGAGGAGCUGACUGUUAGAUUCUCAGCUUUCACUGUUUUAUGAAAAUUAAAAAUAGCUUUUAAAAUCUUUUUUUCAGCAUCAGGCAUGGAUGAAGAAACAACCCCAAUGUUUUUACAUAUAGUAUGAAGUCAUUGACAAAACUGAGAGGUGAUUGUCAGAAUUUGGAUCUGCAUUUAUAAGCAUUUGUAAAUUUAAAAAUGAUUUUUCAUUUUGUGAGAAAAGAUGUCAAGUCUCGUGUUUGUGUAAAACCUUCUUGAAUGACUCCAUUGUUUUCUUCUUCUUCUUCUUCUUCAGAGGUCAUAAUGGAGUCCGCUCCUGUGUAGACAGUCUGCAGACUGAUGUAAGUGACCGCUGACCAACACUCUGAUUACUUUAUUGACAUCUUCAUGGACUGUAGGACAAAUACAGUGUGCAUUAAAAAUCAAUGAGCAUAAAUCAGCAGACUCAAGGAGUUCAUCUGUGUGAAGAAUAAUCUGAUCCCUGUCUGUCCUGCAGGUGAUGCCCAGACUACGGGUCGGGAUCGGUCGGCCGACAGAGAAGAUGUCUGUGGAUUGCCAUGUUUUGGGCAGGUUUUCCUCUGAGGAGAAGAAAGUUCUGGACUCUGUUCUGGUCCAAAGUGUGGACCUGCUCAUCUCCCAGUUCUCCCAGCAAGACUUCCAACAGUCCCCUUCUUCACCUGCAGGGGACAGACAAGCAGCACAGAAGAGGAAGGAGGAGGAGUGCUUGGCCUCUCCAGCUGAGAAAUCUGAAGUCACUUCUGCUGCUCAGAGCUGAAGUCAGUGUAAGAACAGAAAAAUUGGAGAAGUGAACCUUUAUCGAGUAUUUAUCUGGACUGGGACUGUGGUUAUUGGACCGAGAGAGAUGAAACGGGUCCAAGACUCAAAAUAAAUGGAGCUGAAGCUCAAAAUCAAAUUUCCAAGAAAGCUGGGUGACAGUUGAUUUGUUUUUGUUGUUUUUUUUUUCUUCACAAAUGUCAAAAUAAAUAUAAUUUUUUUACUUUGGAGUAAAAAUGAUCAUAUAUUGUGGUUCAUUUACCAGUUUGUGUAUUUUAAAGCAUAAAAACACGUAGAUUGAAGAUUUAUGUAUUUUUGUUGCAUUAUUUAUUACAAAUAAAUAAUACAGACUGAACA